AUGGCGGAGCGGCGGGCGGGCGGGCGGGCGGCUCCCGGGCCAUGGCUGGCCGCACAGGGAGCCAGCCAGGUAUCCCUCAAGGCGAAGCAGCCCGCCGACGCGCCCUGCACCAACAGCAUCCGGGCGGCCGGCCGGCUCGAGCCUCCGCGGGAGCGCGCGCAGGAGCCCUCUGCGCGCACCCCGCCCCUCUGCUGGGCGGCGGAGGUGGAUCACAUCCUCUUCCGGCGGGAGCACGGCCCUCUGGCGCCCGUGCCCGCGCGCCCGAAUGCGUCGCCGCCGCCCAUCGACGGCAUCAGGUGGGUAGUCUGCGACCUCAUCGACAUGCUGCUGUCCUGGCACGCACGCAAUGGCGCGGUAUGCGACAUCUUCAGUGUGCUGCUGCAGCUCGGCCCAGAGGGCCAGGAGGCGCAAG